GCCGCACGCGGCGUGGGCGUGGUCCGAGCGUUCCUGGCGCGCGCGGGGGGCGUGCUUGGAGCGGGCGCAGGCGUCGGCCCUUCGGCCGAAAAUGGAACUUCUGACCAAUCUGUUGAUGAAAUGGCAAGCACCUCCAGCUGUCAAGAAAGUGUUAUUGUUUUCAACAAACACGGGGCUGACAAAGACCUGUUUAACUUUAGCCUCAUCAUACAGUCAUUAUGCAAUCUGAGACACUUCAGAGAUAAGUUUCUAACGGAGCCACUUGUAUGGGCCCCGUCUGUUGACAACCCCUGCAUGGCUCAGAUAUUUUAUGAAAUCUUCUCGUCCUGGGAGAAAAAUGAACACUACCUAACGAAUAUUCUACUGAAUUACAUGAAGACCCUUCUCUGUGGACUUGCAGCUUGCACCAGUUUUUAUGAAAAGUUACAGGUUAGGAAAUUUUUUGCUUCUGAGAUUGUGGCCACAAUUCUCAUUGGAUCGCAUAUGUCAGAAACUUCUUCGCGGUUUAGUUUCAACAAGGUGACAGAAAGGCAGGUAGUAAACCCAAUCACGUGCGGAGAUUGCAUAUGCCCAACACAUAAACUAUUUGGGAUCAAGUUUGAAGCGCAAAUGAGCUGUGGUUGUGGGAAGUCUUCUGAUGGAUACCUAUAUACCACACUUUUCCAUAAACUUGAUGCUGGUUCACCUCAAACAACAAAGAUCAAGUCUUUUGCAGAUCUUCCGGUUCUAUUGGAUGAACAAUUCUGUAAGGAGAACAAUUGCAAGGAUUGUGAAGAUCUGCAGGCUGUUGAGCUCUCUCUUUCAAACACAGCACAUUUCAUUACAAUGAGAUAAUUGCUUUUUCAAACCAUUGAAGCUCACGGUUACACAAAAAAGCGCGAAACGACACUCUCUACAAAUGGAACCAUUGGAGGGCACGAGCGGUCACAAACUGCACCACUGGGGUGUUAGUGCAACAAGUCAAAUCCGGGUGUUCUAAGAGGUUGUCCAGGGAUUGUAAGUAAGUAUGCGGGUCCCACCUGUCAUAACUCAACCGUUGGGCGUGGGACCCACCUGUCAGAAGUUGACUAUUUUUUGUGGUCCCGACAUGUAAGUUGUUGACCGUUAUUUGCGGGUCCCACAAGGAGAAAAUA